UAUUUAUUUCACCAAAGAACUAUUACAGAUUUAAUAAAACCGCAUUUGGUGUUAGUAAAGCUACUAAAAUCUGUAAAUAAAUUGUUUAUAGUCGAUAACGGAUCUUCAGUAGCGAUAAUCAGAAGCUAUUGUAUUUGGAGUGUUUAGGAAUACGAGUACUGAGUCAUAAUCGUAAAUAAUCCACCGUUUCAUGUGUCAAUGUUUUGAUUAUGUAGUCGCCGGCUGUUUUGAUAUCCGCGUCUGUCGACAAGUCGACACAUAAACUGGACGGCUUACUGGCCGCGACACAUACACGGGACUCCGAAAUGGAGUAGAGCCUCGCGAAGCUCGGCUAUGCGGCUCGGGGCGGUUGGUGUAGUGUUGACAGUGAGCACAGUGACGUACGUAGCCGUAGCGCGGCCCACCCCGGUGCCGCGGGUGCACCGCGACGUGGUCACCCUGCAGGGCACGGUGCGGGGGUACCUCGCCUUCAACCCACCCCACUUUGCGUACUACGGUAUCCCUUACGCAGGGUCGCUCACGCAAGGCGACAGGUUUAAGGACCCCCAACCUCCACCCAAGUGGGGCGGCAUCUUCGAAGCCCUGCAUAAGAUAAAGUGUCCCCAAGUUAAAGCUGAUGGAGAUGAAAAUUGCCUGGUCGUUAACAUAUUCACACCACAAAAGCAAGAUGCUACAUUGCUGCCUGUCGUCGUGUUUGUUCACGGCGGAGACUUGCAGAGCGGAUGGGGCGCGCACCGACCUCCCGCUCUGUUCCUCGAGGAGGGCAACAAUGUGAUCGUGACAUUCAAUUACCGGCUCGGAAGUCUAGGUUUCCUGUGUCUCAGGACUCCUGAUGUCCCAGGGAACGCAGGGCUGAAAGACCAGAUAGCAGCCCUGUACUGGGUACACAGAAAUAUCCAUCAGUUUGGCGGAAACCCUCAAGACGUCACUGUGUAUGCUACGGAGGCAGCUGCCGUCGCUGUACAGUUGAUUCUAUUGUCUGAACUAGUUGAAGGAUUUUUACAUAAAGUUAUUCUAGAGUCAGGGUCAGUGCUGUCUCCUGCCGCCCUCACGUAUGAUCCCCUCGGUACAGCCUAUACUGGAGCCUCAUUUUUGGGAUACACAGGCUCAGAUGACCCAGACGAACUGUUCCAGUUUUACCUAAAAGCUUCGGAUAAAGAGCUGGUAACAAUCCCUGAAAUAUUCCGUCCUUGUGUUGACAACACAACAGAUAGUGUUCAUAACCUCAUAGACGUAGAUCCCAUGCGGAAGUUGGAAGACGGAUUAUUUACCAAUGUGCCCAUGAUAAUCACAUUUACACCAAGAGACAACGCAUCUAUUCUUGGAACUGAUCUAAAGAAGUUUGAAAAGCCUCCAGACCAUUUCGAAUACUUACUUCCACACAACUUGGAAUUUAAAAGUGAAAAAGUUAAAAGUGAAGUAGCAAAGAUAGUGAAAAAGUUUUAUUUUCCCGAGGACUUUACUAGAAACAGCAUGGUGCACAACUAUGCUUACUACGCACAGGACAUUUUGGUGGAUUACCCUAUUAUCAAGUUGGCAAUGAUGUUUGCAGCCAAGAGUACAUACCCAGUGUAUGUCAUGAAAUUCACUUUGCCUAAGGUAAAUGAAGACUCGGAUAAGCCAGAGACAACCAAUUUGGACACAAUACUCGACUACUUGCAUAAAGAUAAAGCACAAACCAACAUAUUUGGUGAACUAGUAACAAUGUUGUUAAGGAACUUCAAAACAUUAGGAGACCCCACACCACUGACCACGGCAUUCAUUCCUUUAAUAUGGCAGCCAGUGCAUACUGAGGGAGACUCCCAGAUCCACAUAUCAGACGUGCAAGUACUACACCUGGGUCCGACCCGGCUGACAGUGUCACCACACCGUAAUCCACGGCUAAAGUUCUGGGACAAAGUUUAUACAAGAUUCCACAGAGCACACGAGGUUACAGAAGAGGAAACUGAAGAUAUGCUCAAUAGCAAGGAGGAGGAGGAGGACCAUGAUGAUAAUGACCUGUACAAACUCGUGUUUCCGGAAGAGAAGUAAAUAAAGAGGUCUGUUACUGUACAUGUUAAAUAAUUAUAAUCUGUUGUCAAAUAAACCGAAGCUAAAAAUUACUGUUUUUACUAUGACAAGCAAAUACAGAUACAUUGUUUAACAACUUCAUGGAACAUCAGCAGGUCAGCACGCCCGUGCACUUGUCAUUCUCUCUAGUUCCGCUUCGCGAAAUUCGAAUGUCGCCCAAAUUUACACAACGUAA